GCCGCUGCUGGAUUUGGGUUCCCGCAUCGCCCACGCCACGCCACCGAGUAGGAUCCUUCGCCGCCAAGAGUCUCCGCAAUGUGGGUCGUUUGAUCUCAACGACCCGAGGCCUACAUAAUCCAAUCCCCACGGCUUCUCUCGCCUGUUCCUGCUCUAUCUUAUCCCGGCAGUUUGUUCCCGCGAUUUUCGGGACCGUUCUUGGAGUUGGCGUGGGUUUUCGUUUAUCUCUUUUUUCCAGAGUUCAGAGAGCAAGGAAGGGGAGUCGAUCGAUUAGGCGGCCAUGGGCGGGUUCGGCUCCAAGGAGAGCUCGUCGGGGCGGCAGCAGCAGCAGCACAACCAGGAUCGCGGCAGGAGCGCCGCGCCGGCAGGGCACAACCGCUUCGCCAAGUUCGGCGACGAUUACCAUACCCUGGAGCAGGUAACUGAUGCUCUUUCACAUGCUGGACUGGAGUCCUCAAACCUGAUCGUUGGGAUUGAUUUCACCAAGAGCAACGAAUGGACAGGCAAAGUUUCCUUCAACAACCGGAGCUUGCACGCAAUUGGGGACACUCCAAACCCAUAUGAGCAGGCCAUAUCCAUUAUAGGGAGAACCCUCGCGCGGUUUGAUGAGGACAAUCUGAUACCAUGCUUUGGAUUCGGCGAUGCUACUACUCAUGAUCAGAACGUAUUCAGCUUCUAUCCAGACAACCAAUCCUGUGAUGGCUUCGAGCAAGCACUUGGCCGGUACAGAGAAAUCGUUCCGCAGCUUCGUUUGGCUGGUCCCACUUCCUUUGCACCUAUGAUUGAGACUGCAAUUGGAAUUGUGGAUAGUAGUGGUGGCCAAUACCAUGUCCUGCUUAUAAUAGCAGAUGGACAGGUUACACGAAGUGUUGACACGGGUAAUGGCCAGUUGAGCCCACAGGAAAGGGAAACUAUAGAUGCCAUUGUGAAAGCAAGUGACUACCCUUUGUCAAUUGUGCUUGUUGGAGUCGGUGAUGGGCCAUGGGACAUGAUGAGGCAAUUUGAUGACAACAUACCUUCUCGUGCAUUUGAUAAUUUCCAGUUUGUGAACUUCACCGAGAUCAUGUCAAGACCGAUUCCUGCCAGCAAAAAGGAAGCAGAAUUUGCUCUUUCAGCACUUAUGGAGAUCCCAGCUCAGUUCAAGGCGACAAUGAACCUCCAGCUUCUAGGCAAACGAAGAGGAUUCCCACAUCGAUCAGUGAUGCCUCCGCCUGUGAGAGUUUAUCAACAACAGUCUGGAUGUUCAGCAGUCAAGCAGGCUCAGUCGACAAGCACUAGCUAUGGGCUUGGCUAUGGGUCACCUCAGAAGAAGGCAUCAGCACCUCCACAGGACAGUGAUAUAGGUGAUCAACAGGCUUGUCCGAUCUGCUGGACUGAAGCAAAGAACCUUGCUUUCGGGUGUGGGCACCAGACGUGUGCCGACUGCGGGAAGGACCUGAAGGUUUGCCCCCUUUGCCAGAGGAAGAUCUCGACGAGAAUUAAGCUUUACUGAAGCUCUUGAUGGAGAAGCUAUAUACAAUCAGUUUAGGUUAUGGAAAAAGGAACGUUUUCCUACCGAGGAAGUGUAAAUACUGGGUACUUGUACUGAUCUGUUUCAGACCUAGUAGUGUUACCAGUGGCUGGUCAUGGAUAAACUAAUUUGGGUGUCAAACCACUAGUGGUCUCAGUUAGCUGCUGUCUACCAUUUUAGUUUGUUCAUUAUCUG